AUGUCUAGCGAAGAGCAGCAUAGAAGAAGAGAGGCUACUAAAAAUGUUAAUUACAAUGAAAAGGAAGUGGAUGCUGAAUUAGCUAAGAGGAUACAAAUACUGGAAAAAAGUAGCAAUGAAUCCAGGGGUAGCAAUAGUCAAAGCCCCAAAAACAGUAGAAGCUCCAGCAGCCUAUCUGGGAGGAAUGAGAAGUUUAAGUACCAAAAAUUCCUUCAUGAUAAGAAUACCUGUUGGAAUUUUAUUCCAACAUUACCUCCUUCGUUUAGAAAAAAUAGCAGGUUUUCAAACGUAUUGGAUCUGGAUGAUGCCAUGAUUGAUUUAGAGAAAAUGGUUCUUUUCAACUCGGACUCCGUACUUCUAUCUGCAAAUGACACAAUUUAUAUGAUAUCAGAGCCAGCCGGCGAGCCGUAUUAUAUUGGCAGAGUCGUCAAUUUCGUCAGUAAACCAGAAUUUUCAAAUACCAUUAAAGAUGCUACGAAGACUACUUUUAUCUUUCCUGCCAAAUUUUUCCAAGUUAGGAUGAAUUGGUAUUAUCGCCCCAGGGAUAUUCAAGAAGAAGUAAAUACUUUUAACCCGAGGUUGGUAUACGCGUCACUACAUCAGGACAUAUGUCCAAUAUCAUCAUAUAGAGGCAAAUGUACCAUACUGCAUAAAGAUGAAGUUUUAGAUGCCCUUCCGAAUGAAAAAGAAAGUAUUAUACGACCGAAUAUUUUUUAUUUUGAUGAACUUUUCGAUAGAUACACUUUAAAAUAUUAUAGAGUUUUUAGUACUGACAAAAUACUGAACAAAUGGAACAGCAGAUCGCCGUUUCUUUAUGUUUUAAACAAGAGGUUUCGAUAUGUCUAUACAGAACCGAAAUAUCCGUUGGAAAACGUUUUGAGAAAGUACGUCUUUCAAGAUCAAGACGUCAAUAAAAUAAGACAUGAGGACUACAAUUGGGACAAAAGGUGCCAGUUUUGUAAAGAAUGGUGUCUCCAGAAAGAAAGUCUUCUGUGCGACGAAUGUGGUGUCUGUGCACACCUGUGCUGCAUGGACCCCCCACUCGAUAGAAAACCGAAUAAAGAUGUUGCUUGGACAUGCUUCAGCUGUCUUCAAAUGCAAGAGAAUACCGAAGAGUCACAUCGCAAAUUUAAGGAAGAACAGGCGACAGAGUUGAGCUUUAUCCGUUUCGUGAGAGAAACAAUCGAAGAAGUCUCUAAUAAAGCUAUUAAAGAAAAUGUUGGUUAUAACGCUGAAAAUUGCUGGUUUCAAUAUUUUGGGAUAUAUUCCAUUUCACAUAUUGGCGAUAUCUUGAAUGAAUCUGUUUUCUUACCAUAUCCCUUCAAACCUUCUAGAGUGGGUAUGAAAUAUCAGUGGUCGGGCUGUAUCAAUAAUAAGCCCUGGAAGCAGAGACCGUAUUCACUGACAGAUGCAGAAGAAGAGCGAGGUUCAAUCAAAACGUCUCAAUUAGCAUGGGUAUUUGAACCGUCAAAAAUAACUACACAGAAAUUAAAUGAAUAUGUUGAACAAUGUAAAAAGGAAUUAUGUCCCGUUUUAGAAGUAAAAGGGGAGAUUUGUAACUUCAUCGAUGUAAUCCUAAAAAAUCUGCUAUCAACAAGUUAUGACACAGCAGAAGCGUUUGAAAAAUCCAAAAAGGAACUUUCUAGAGAAUCUUUGAACGAGCCGACAUUUACAAUUGAGGAAAUACAUAAAUUCGAAACGGCUGUGGGAAAAUUUGGAAGUGAAUUACGUCCCGUAUGUGAGUAUGUUGGCACUCAACCCAUGUCGAUGAUCGUAAGAUUUUAUUAUAACUGGAAGAAAACUGAAAGGGGUUUUACAGUGAGAGGGAAACUCAGCAAAUUAUCACAAAGUAAAAUAAAGAAGAAUGCACACGUUGACGAGGAUGAGCUGGUAACCAAAUAUAUAGACGACUCUUCCUUUGAUACCGAAAAACUCUCUUUAACAGAAACUUCUUUUCAAUGCAUGUUUUGUAAAAUAGAUUACUCUCCAAUGUGGUAUAAAGUUACUGGCGGUUCAGAUGAAGAAAACAUUAAGAUAAGAAUGCAAACAGGCGUUAACGAAAAAACAGAAAUUUCAGAAAAAUUGCCAGCUAAUAGUAAAAAAAAUGAGAGAUUAGGCGCCCUUUGUAUUCGUUGCGCACGUAUGUGGCGAAGAUACGCAAUUAAAUGGGUAUACCCGCUUGAAACACUAAAAAAGAUAACAGGCACCAGUCAGAAUAGUUUUUAUUCAGCAAUAGAAGGAAUAAUCGAAGAGAGCAACAUUAACAAAUUCACCUUGUCUCCAUUUCAAGCUCACAGUAAACUACUGGAAUGGGAGCUUGUUCAGGAUUCGGAGCUGAUCAUAAGGCAGAGAAUGAAAGUGUAUGAAAAUCCAAGUUCAUUCAUGAGAAUGAAGCGCUAUUCGAUGACAUUUCACGCACAACUUUACAAAAUGGUUUUGAGAACAUAUUGCAAGAACGAAUUUGGCCCGGAAAGAAUGCAAUCAGAGCUUAAGUCGUUUUUGAAAGAUAAGAAAAACGUAGAUAAAGUUCUUAGAGUAGAUGGUUCAGAGGGAACAAGUAAUAAGGAAGAUGGGUAUCCUGUAAAUAUAAUUCAGCAAUCGCCGAAUAUUAUUAAUAAAUUUAACACAGCCAAGAACCUCGAAAAUGAAAACAGUUUCAUCGAUAAUGAUAGCAGCGACAGUGCUGCUAAUACCACGAGUCCUUCAAAUGAAAUGAUAAAAAUUCCAAURAAAGCAGGAAACGAUUCCUUAGGUUCCGUUUCCGUAGAUAAAGGCUUUAAAUUUGUCAAGUUUGAUAAUAAAAUAUUCCAACGGUUACGAAAUAGUCUAAAACCGCUGAAUCAUAAGCAGCCAAAAAACAACGGACCUUCAACAAAAAAAGCUAGAAUGAUUAGCGAUACUGUAGAUAGUCCGUCAAAGUGUACAAAGAGUCAGGAUUACAAUUACCCAGUUAUUCUACAUUGUAAGGAUACUUCUGUCAUCCUUCAAAAAUACCACGAUUAUAAUCUACCGAGCAGAGUACCCGAUGAAAACUCAAGUUUGAAGUAUUCUAAAAAUAAAAUCAAAAGUCCCGAUCCACCGCAGGAUAAAUAUGGCUCGAGAGGGUUUUGCUGUGUCUGUAAAGAGAACUUCAAUGCCUAUGAGAACUUUGAGCUACUAUGUGGCAAUUGCGGGCUAACUGUUCAUUACUUUUGUUAUGGUGUCAUAUUAUCCAAGCAUAUACGGGAGUACUCUGACCUGAAAAAGUAUAAAUGGCUAUGCGACCCUUGUUCAAAUGACCUGAAUCCUAUACUGUCAACCACGUACCGAUGUACAAUGUGUCCUACUAAAGAGAAUGACUAUGAUAAAUGUAAGAGUCAAUCUUCAAAAUUAUUUCCUGACGCAUUAAAAUGCACGAGCUCAGGAACAUGGAUUCAUUUGGUUUGUUCGCUUUUUGACGAGAAUAUCAAGUAUGGAUGCGGACAAGCAAUGCAACCAGCCCUUAAUACCACUGCUGUGCUUAUUGAAAACAAUAGGUUCACCUGCGGCAUAUGCAGAAUAAGCGGAGGUGGAUUGGUCAAGUGUGACCAAUGCUCCUAUAGGUAUCAUGUUACAUGUGCGCAAAGUAGCGCUGACUUUAAGCUUUUGUUUAAAAAGAGGAACAUUUCUUCAAAUACUUCGCAUUCUUGUAUUAGAGAUACUAAACUUAAUGAAAGUUAUACAUUAAAGCCUGUAUUAUUAUGUGAUAAACACGACGUCAAUUCAAAUGGAAAUGAGUACUUUCAAUUGGCAUAUAAGCCUCAACAUACCCUUUCGUAUAUGGAACAGUAUUGCAGAUAUUAUAAACAUACCAGCGGUCGCACCUUGGCCGAAUCGAGAUAUUUGGAACAGCUAGCAACGUUAUAUGGUGGAAUAAUGAGGGAUCCAGGCGAAUCUAUAACUAAUCCUAGAGCGUGUGUACUCCCUACCGAAAAAAUUUGCUCAUGCUGUGGUACAUCUAAAACUAUAUAUUGGUAUGAAGGAGAUAUUUGCCAUUCUUGUAACUUAAACUCAGGCGUUUUAGAGGCUGACUACGAAAGUGUGGAUGAUAACAGUGCCAAAACUAAUGAUAUUUCAAUUGAUAUAUCUCAAAAAUUGAUGGAAGGGCUUGACCCAGCCAUUCUUGGUAUGAAUACUCAUAAAAUUGUUACUGAUAAAAAAAAAAAGCACAACAAUCAAGCAAAUAGGUAG